AUGCACUCAAAUGCCCCGAGGUUGUCAUCUCCUCGGGGAAGUCGUCUGGAAGCCCAAAACGGGGCACUGGCACCGACCCCUGACUCCCCAGGGUGGGUUUGUACUCCAGUGAGAGUACCUGGGCACGAUGAUGGCUUUAAGCCUAGCCCAGCAGGUCAGACGCAGCUGGAUACCUCUAGGAUGGAGGAGACCAGCAGUACACUAGAAAAAGAUGUGGGCUAUAAAGACAGUAUUCAAACAGUAUUCUCACGUGUCUUAAAUGAAAGCUAUAAAGACAGUACUCAAACAGUAUCUUCAUGUGUCGUAGAUGGCAAUUUCACUGGUUACAAUGAGAAACAAGAGAACAAGAAUGUCAAUGUUGAUGAGAGAAAAGAGAAAAAGAAUAAAGAUAUCUCACAUGGAAAUCAAGAAAACAGGAAAUCUGAGAAUAUGUAUGAAAGAAAAGAGAACAACAAUAUUAAGAACAUAUAUGAUAAAGAGAAAGAGAACCUUGCAAAUGUUAAUGAAAGAGGAGAAAAUGCAACUUUAGAGUGUGUUCAGGGAUCAUUUCAUCAGGGAGAUCCAAUAUUUGGAGAUAAUGCAGGAACCCAGUGUGUUGCUAAUUGUUUAGCAGGGUUAUCAUAUCACAAAGUGAAGGACAAAGAAUUACCUCAGUUCUAUGAAUGCUUUGACGGUUCUUUUGAAUUUAGAGCAAUUGAGACAUUAUCAAGUGUUAUUUUAUCAAACAGUGAAUUCAACUUUGCUGAGUUUGGUGCAUUUUCACUAGAUGAAGCAUUACAUAUUGCUCUUGCUGAAACUGAUGGAUGUUUCGUAUGCUUUGGGGGAAAUACAUUAUUAAUUGGCAAAUCAGAAAAUGGUUUUUUCACUUAUGAUUCCCAUUCUAGGUCUUCAAAGGGACUGUUAAGUGUGAACGGGAAGAGUACAAGAGUUCUUUUUGGAGACGUAGCACAGUUGUGUUUUCAUCUUCGGUCACUUGCUAUUUCUAUGGGGUAUUCAAAGGACGUUGAAUGCAAUGUUACCGGGGUACAUUGUAAAGUAGAAAAUAUCAUAAAUGCUACAUAUAAUGUAACACAAACACUGGACCAUGUUGUUGAGGAAGCGGUUCAAAAUCCAUGCACAUCACAAGAGAUUAGUUCUGACAGCGAAACUUCCGAAUUGGAUUUUGUUUCAUUGGAACAGGAACAUUUCUAUUUUAACCCUCUUGACUUUGACAUGAAAAGGGAAAUAUGUCAAGAAUUGAAUAUUCCUUUCAUAUGCAGUGGUCAUGGAAUUGAAUGUCAUUCAUCUGGAAAGAUACUUGAGGCACCAAGUUCUCAGCAUGAAGUUUAUGAAGAUGGCAAUUGUUUUUUCAGAGCUAUAUCUUUCAUUUUGACAAAUUCAGAGGACUAUCAUUACAUCAUUCGCAGUGCAGUUUGUAAGCACUUGCUUGAAAAUGAAGCUGCAUUCAAACCAUUCCUAAGAACUGGUGAAAAUACUGUAGAGGAUCAUCUAUCUGUGUCCUCAAUGGUACAAAAUGGAAAGUGGGCAACUGAGUUAGAGAUCUUAGCUGUAUGUCAUAUGAUAAAUGGUGAUAUUUACACAUACACUAGAAAUCAUUGGUUGAAAUAUUCCUUUGAGAAAGAAAGUCCACUUAUGAAAAGGAGAAAUGGAGCAAUGUACUUGAAUCAUCAAAGCCAGAACCAUUAUAAUGUAGUACUUGAUGUACAUGGAGAGAAUGUUGAAAUGACAAUGGAAACUUUAUGUGAAAACAAAACAUUUGAUUUAAAUUAUAUGAAAAAGAAAAAGAAUCGUCAAAGAAUGCAAGCAGCAAGACAAGAUUCUGCAAGUGUUAUGCAAAGACGAAAUAUUGUAGAAAACAUAAAGAAUCGAGAAAGAUACAGAAAGGAUGCUUUGUACCGAAGCAAAACACAACUCAAGAGUAAAACCAGAUAUGCAGAAAAUGAAGAAAGCAGGAGAAAAUCAAAGGAUGCUAGCAUGAAAAAGUAUUCUCUAAAUGAAGCACAUAAAGAAAAUGUAAAACAAAGAAGUGCAAAAAAAUACAGAGAUAACAAAGAAUACCGAGAAGCUGUCAAAAAAAGGGGAAAAGAGAAAUACAAAAACGAUGAAAUGUACAGAGAAAACAUGAAACAAAGAAAUCUUGAAAAGUUCAAAACUGAUGAGAAAUACAGAAGACAAAUUGAUUGUACUCGGAGAUACUGGACAAAUAAACACUUCAGAAAGAAAAUUCUUAGUACAAAAGCAAAAAGGUACAGCACAGAUGACAGAUUCAGGUCAACUAUUAAGGCCUGUAGUAAGAAACAGUAUAGUUCUAAUCCUGAUCUUAAAGUAUCGAAGAGAAAAUCAAUUCAACAUAAUAGGGAAACCAAACUGGAAAAGCUAAAACAUGAGAAAAGAGUUAUAGAACAGUUAAAAGAGAAGUCUCUAGAGGGCAUCGAUUAUGUGUGCUGCUGCUGUCAUCGAUUGCUAUUUGUAAAUCAAGUACAGAAAUGUGACCGGCAGAUUUAUUGCAAAGACGAACUUGUGAGAAAUGUAUCGAACUUGUGCUUACAAGAGAUAUAUUUUCAUAAAUGUACAGAUUCCUGUCCAGAUGGUUGUACCAGGUCAACAUUGUGGAUAUGCUAUACAUGCCAUAGAAAAAUUAUGAGUGGAAAUAUUCCUGCAGAGGCAGUUUACAAUGAAAUGCAUCUUGAAGACAUACCAGAGGAAUUGACAAAUAUGAAUAAUUUAGAGCAACAUCUAAUUGCUUUGCACAUACCUUUCAUGAAGGUAAUGGCUCUUCCCCAUGGUGGUCAAAGAAAUAUUCAUGGCCCGGUUGUGUGUGUACCCUCAGAUUUGAAGAAAACUUCAAGUUUACCAUUGAAUCAAGGCGAAAACUUACUAUUGCGGGUAAAAUUGAAAAGAAAACUAAGCUACAAGGGUUACUUUGAGUACCAAUUUGUUAAUCCAAACCAGAUAUCAGCCGCUCUAAAUUAUUUGAAGCUUAACAAUCAGUGGUACAAAGAUGUCAAAAUAAAUGAAAACUGGACAGAAAACACAAAUGAAAAUGAGGAAACAUCAGAGGAAAUUCAUGACAUGGCAACUACGAAUGACAAUGAUGAACCCCAACAGAUUGCAAUUGAUACAUGCCUUCAACCGGUGGAUAUUGCCCAGGAGGUCUUGGACCAUUAUUUCGAUGAUAUUUACAAUAUUGCACCUGGAGAAGGCAAGAAUCAAGUGCGAAUGCUACAGGACCCAGGAAAUGAAGCCAAAGCGUUUCCCUGUCAUUUUCCUAGUGGGAAAUUUACUUGGAAUGAAGAAAGAGGAACAAGGAUAACACUGUCUAGAUAUUUCAAUAAUAGGCUGAUGAAUGCAGAUGACAGGUUUGCAAAGGACAGCAAUUACAUAUUCUUCAGUCAGUUUAUGUCAGAAUUGAAUCAAGUCAUAGAGAAGACACAAAUUUCAGUCAGAAAAUCUUUUUCAAAAAUGGGAAAUGAGAAAAUAGUUACUUCUAGCAUGGUGCAAGAUCCAGAAAUUCUGUCAAGAUUGUUAAAAAAUGAUGAAGCAGUAAGGUUUAUGCAGCCAAUUCGUGGAACACCAGCAUAUUGGUCAUCAGCUCAAAAGGAUCUUUUUGCAAUGCUCCGCCAGUUAGGAAUACCAACCUGGUUUUGUUCUUUCUCUGCUGCAGAACAUAGAUGGAAUGAUGCAGUAAGAACGAUAUUGAGACAACAAAAUGAUGAAAGAGAUCCAUGUAUGUUGGAUUGGUCUGAAAAGAAUGAGACUUUAAGGAAGAAUCCAGUGACUGUUGCUAGGAUGUUUGAGCACAGGUUUCAUGUCUUUCAAGGAGAUGUUAUAUUUUCUCCAUCUGAGCCAAUUGGGAAAGUUGUAGAUUUCUUCCAGAGAGUUGAAUUUCAGCAGAGAGGAUCUCCUCAUAUGCAUUGUCUCUACUGGGUUGAAAAUGCACCUAAACUUGAAGAACAUGGAAAAGAAGCUGUGUGUGAUUUCAUUGAUAGAUAUGUGACUUGUGAACUGCCGUCUGAGACUGAAGAUCCAGAGUUGAGAAAUAUUGUCCUUGCAGUACAACAACACAGUAGAAAACAUUCAAAAUCAUGUAGAAAGAAAGGGACAGAAUGCAGGUUUAAUUUUCCGAGACCUCCCUCUUCACGCACAUUUAUCAGUUCUCCUUGUGAUGAUGACGAUACAAAGGAUGAUGACGUGACAACAAACACUAAAUUAAUGAAAUCGGGCGCAAAAGACAUUUUAUUGCGUGUCUGGGAAGAAGUGCAAAACAAUUCAAAUGCAUGUAGAAGUACUGAAGACAUUUUUAACGACCUAUCCUUGUCUCAAGAUCAGUACGAAGAAGCACAUAACAUGUUAUCAAAGUCAAAAUCCAUUAUUCUUCAAAGAAAUCCCGGUGCACUAUGGAUAAAUCAAUACAAUCCUUGCCUUUUGAAAUGUUGGGAUGCAAACAUGGAUAUUCAAUUUGUACUGGACCCAUUUAGCUGCAUUGUGUACAUAAUUUCCUACAUUUCAAAGUCUGAGAGGGAAAUGGGGAUGCUAUUAAAGCAAACAAAAAUAGAAGCAGAAGAAGGAAAUCUUGAUGCCGGAGACACUAUGAAGAAAAUAGGGUCAGCAUAUCUACACCACAGAGAAGUAAGCGCACAAGAGGCUGUGUACAGAGUUUGCAACUUAAAGAUGAAAGAGUGCUCUAGGAAAGUCGUAUUUGUGCCAGUGGGCAAAACCCAACCCGUUUGA